AUGUGGCUGGCAAUGGCUCCUAGGAGAUUUGCUCUAGAACUUUCCCAAGGACAGAGCUUGGGUCCUGUGUUUGCGCUGUUUGUACCAUUUUAUUCCUCCAUUCCGAGAGUGCAGGUGACACAAGUAUUAGGCCACUUUUCCAUCACGAACAAGACACUGGUCUAUAUACUGGGUUUACAGCUCUUAACCUCUGGUUCCUACAUCUGGAUAUUAGCCUUAAGUGGAUUGGUUUCUGGGAUUUGCUACAAUAGCAGUGUAUUAAAAGUUCAUAGAAUUCUUUGUGUGCCCAGCUGGGUAGCGAAGCUGUUUUCUUGGACUCUUGAACCAAUCUUCUCAUCUGCGGAACCAACGAACGAAGUCCGAGUGGGAAUGGGAGCAACAGUGGACAUCCAGAGGCAACAGAGAAUGGAGCUACUGGAUCGUCAAAUCAUGAUGUCUCAGGUUGCCCAAAUGAGGCGGCAAAGGCAGCAGCAGGGUGGGAUGAUUAACUGGAAUAGACUGUUUCCUCCUCUACGUCAUAGACAUAAUGCGAAUUAUCAAGAUCAUCGCCCGUCUGAACAAGACACACCUCCACCUACUGAGGUUUCUGAAGAGCAG